AGUCGCGACUCACCAAUACUUCCACAUUCUUGUGUUGCUCAUAGUAUGAAGUAGGUUAACCUAAAACUCUGCAUUUUGUUUUGAAAAUGAGCAUCCCAGUGGUGGACUUUGGCGCGUACAGCCUAAGUGAAAAAGAUGUUCCCGACGAGCAAAUGCAGAACUUAAGCGAGCAGUUGAAAACAGCUUUUACUGAAAUUGGUUUUGUUUUUCUGAAGAACACUGGGAUCACUGAGGAGGAGGUGAAUCGUGUUAUGGACAUAUCCAAGAAAUUCUUCCUGCAGCCAGAUGAACUGAAACAACCCUUUAGCAGGAAAAGCUUUUCAAACAAUCCUAAUCACGGCUGGGUGUCUCUGGAGACUGAGAGGUUGAAUCCAAGUCGACCUGGAGACCUGAAGGAGGCAUUCAACACUUCUUCAUUUCACCCUGACAUAAAAUGGCCAUCGGGUGCUGUAACCGGGUUCCAGGAGAUCCAGGCGUCUUUCUAUCAGCGCUGUAAAGAGCUGAGUCUGCGGGUGCUGAGAGUGAUGGCACACAGUCUGGGUCUGGACCCCGAGGUGUUCUUGAGUGCACACCGUUCAAUUGGAACUGAUGAGAAUGGCUCCACGCUGCGGUCUCUGUACUACCCAUCAGUAAAUUGUGAGAAAGCGAAGCAGGGUCAGCUGCGAUGUGGAGAGCAUUCAGACUACGGCAGCAUCACCCUGUUGUUUCAGAGCUCUGAGGGUCUGCAGGUGCGUAGACGUUCAGGUGAAUUCAUAUGUCCUCCCGCCAUCCCCGGAGCGGUCCUCAUCAAUAUCGCUGACCUGAUGCAGCGCUGGACGAGUGAUCAGUUUGUCUCUGUGCUCCACAGAGUGUUGCUCCCCCCUGCUGGAGACUCCACAACACGUCAGUCUGUGGCUUUCUUCGUCCAGCCGGAUGACGAGGCUCUGAUCACCUGCUGUGACGGCUCCAACAAAUAUCCUCCUGUUACAGCAGGCACAUACCUCAACGAGCGCUUCAAUUACUCAUAUGGGCGAAACUGAAUUUCUACCCACCAGUUCAUUUAUACACAACUGUGGAUCAUAAAUGUGUUGUCAUUUUGUCAACAAAGGUCAGGGUGCCUUGCUGAGCUUUAAAGACAUGCCUGGGAAGUCUUUUAUCACGUUUUACAACGUUACAAAUAUAAAUAGGACAUUUUCUUUCAUUAGGCAGCAUACUUUUUUUUUCUGAAAUAAUCAGCUCUCUUUAAUGGAAUAAAUAAAUAAUUAGUAUUUCUCCCUAAGCGGCAGUACCAGUGACAAUUAACCACAGUGUGCUAAACAAAACAUUCACUUACCAGGCCAAAAUCCCUGCCCCAUUUCACCCCAAAAGCACUUCCCAUGGAGAGCAGAGAGUAACAGAGUCCUUGUGAUAGAAGAUCAAAACAAAAAACUAAACAAAAGACUCGAUUUUCCACAAAGAAAUCUGAACCUGCUCCACAUUUCAAGUCUGACUUAUACAGUGAAAUCUCUGCAAUGAAAUUAAAUGACGAAGAUGAUGAAUGAAGGAUUUAAUCAUAGUAGGGACUAAAAGUCCGGAUGACUACAUUACCAUUCUUUUUUAAUGUCUCUUGUGAGUCCCUCAACUUUAUACAUUUAGUCAUUUAGCUGACACCUUAUACAAAACAAAUCAAGAUAAUUAUAAUAAAUCCCAUUUAUGAUAAUAUACAUAUUAUAGAAGUGCAAAGUAAAUGGCAACUGUGUUCAAAAGGCUGUGUUCUGUGUCAGCUCUCGUGUGAAUGUGAUACUUACGGAUGACCUCAGCCUUUGAGCUUUGGGCUUUUAACCUUUCCAUUUCUUCUACUGCCUGAGCAGACAAAACGAGAUGGAAAAUGUUAGAGCAUCACUGAAUAAGUGGGAACUUCUGCUCAGUUUAUUAACUUAAUAUUUUAUACAAACAAACCUGUUCCAUAACUACACAUUAAGUUACAGUUUGACAUGUCCUUAUAUGACAUGAGCCAUGAUAAAAAUAGCUGAAUCUUGGUCUUGGUCUUGGUCUUGUUUGCUGAAACCUACCCACUGCAUCACAACAGUUAUAAUGCAAAGAAUAUAGUAAUGUUUGGGUGUGGCUCACCACUGCUGUUACAAGGAAGUAAAUGUUUCACUUGCCAACAAAUCAUGCACAUCAUCAAUCAGAAAUGAUUUAAAAUAAUUUGAACUAUGGGUAACUAUGUAGAUAUAACGCCCAUCUAUUGCACCUGCAGACGACUGAAGAAAGAAAUCCCGAUCUCCUGCAAAUAAUUGUUUUUUUUAAGUCACCUGCUGUAGCCCCAACUUCUGAGUCAUUGCUCUUCAUGCAGCAGGUCAGGGGAUUAUGGAGAAAUGAAAACUUUCUUUUAAUUUUUUGGGGGGGGGUUAAAAGUGACUGCCAAAUGAGUAAAUGUACAUGGAAAUGGAUAGUUUUUGCCUGUUUGAUAAGUAGAUGAAACAAUGUUAGCUAUCUAUGAUUCUUAUCUGUGUGAUUCCCAGAUUAUCAGUGUUGCUCAGUGUCUCUAUAUAUUUAGAUGAAUGUAACCUAAGCUGUAAAAUGUCUCUGGCUGUACCCUUGUAUGGAGACCUAACGAUAUUAACAGGUUGUGCUGUCUGAGGCUGACAGGCAGCUGCUUCUGUGGAGGAAGACGCUCUAUGCGGGUGUAGUCCAUAAAGUCGGUAUACUGAUAACUCUGAGUUUGUUGACACUGAGAAGAGGGAAAUACUGCAUUUUCAAUUCCAGAAAGAGAAACUUUAACUCCUGUGACAGCCCACUGUAGUGAGUAAGGAGAGUCUGCCACUCACAAACUGUGAGCUGAUCAAAUAGAAGCAUGAGCUAAAUCAGUAAAUGCCGAUGUAAUGUGUUGACAGCAAAACCGGUGAAGGUUUCUUACUGGUGGAAUAACCCUAAUCACUUGUGUGGCUGAGUGAUGCAGUGGCAGUGAAACUGUUUUCCUGCAGUAGGUUCGGGGUUCAAAUCCCCGUCAUGACAAGUUAUUUUACAUUUUUGACAGGGGAUAAAAGUGUCUACCAAAUGAGUAAAUGUACUUUUCAGUUUUUA